AUUAAGGCUAAAUAAUUUUAAGUAAUAUAGAUAUUUAAAACAUUUAAGCUUACAUUACUUUAUAAGGAUCCACAUUUGUUCAAUAAGAAGUAAUCAAGUAUGGAGAUGGUAGCUGAACACAUGCGUCAAAAAUAUAAUUUUAUUAUCAACGAAAGUGUCUAUAAACAAUCAAGUUCUUGGUUGUUAGUCUCAAAUCCUGGCAGUCUGGUAGCUAUCCUCGCCUCCUAUUACUACUUCUGCACGUGGCUCGGCCCCUUGUGGAUGAGGGACAGGAAACCAUUCCAUUUAAAGAAAACCUUAAUAAUUUACAAUACCUGUCAAGUUCUCAUGAGUUUUUACUUAGUUUACUGUGGAACAGUUUUUGUCUUGUCUGGUGAAUAUAAUCUAUUAUGCGCGCCUGUCGACUACACUGACGGACCUACUGCAAAUUGGGUUGCGGCAGCCGCCUGGUGGUUUUACAUAGCAAAGUUGACGGAGUUAUUGGACACUAUAUUUUUUGUGCUGAGAAAAAAGGAUAAUCAAAUAUCGACGUUGCACAUUUACCAUCACACGAUAAUGCCAAUCAUUACUUGGAUUGGAGUAAAAUAUAUACCAGGUGGUCAAGCUACUUUGACGGCCAUUUUAAACUCAUUCGUUCACAUCAUCAUGUACGGAUACUAUUUAGUUUCCGGCCUGGGACCACAAUACCGAAAGUAUCUUUGGUGGAAGAGACAUUUGACAAUACUACAAUUGAUUCAGUUCGUGAUAAUCGCAAUACACAACGUGUACCCCCUGCUCACUGACUGCAACUACCCCAAAUGGUUUAAUCUAAUGUCUGUUAUAAACGCUAUAGCUUUUGUAUAUAUGUUUGGUAAUUUCUACUACCACAGUUACAUACGUAUUAAGUAAAAAUAUAUAGUUGUUUGCCCUAGAUUUAAAAAUGGUUGCAAUG